CAUACAAAAUGGGACACCAAAUAACUGAAAAAGUCGUCACCUUUCUCAUUUUCUUCAUUUCAGUGCUCUUCCUCCUAGCUGAGUCAGCUCAGCCUCCCUUUUCAUGUGACUCGUCAAACUCAAUUACCAGUUCAUUUCCCUUCUGUAACAAAUCCUUGACUAUCACCCAAAGGGUACAUGACCUCGUGUCGCGCCUUACCGUGGACGAGAAAAUCUCACAGCUGGUUAAUACUGCACCUGAAAUACCUCGACUCGGUAUCUCUGCCUAUCAGUGGUGGUCGGAGGGAUUACACGGUGUUUCUAAGAGUGGAAGAGGCACGACUUUCAAUGGCACCGUUAAGGGUGCAACUCAGUUCCCGCAAAUUAUUCUCACUGCUUCUACCUUUGAUGAACAUCUCUGGUAUCGUAUUGCUCAGGCAAUUGGAAGAGAGGCAAGAGCAGUGUACAAUGCAGGUCAGUUAAAGGGGAUGACAUUAUGGGCACCAAAUGUAAACAUAUUCAGGGACCCAAGGUGGGGAAGAGGGCAAGAAACACCGGGGGAAGACCCGAUGAUGGUGGGAAAAUAUGGGGUAGCUUAUGUAAGAGGAAUUCAAGGUGAUAGUUUUGAAGGUGGGAAACUUCAGGAUGGGCAUCUUCAAGCCUCAGCUUGUUGUAAGCACUUCAUUGCUCAAGAUGUGGAUAAUUGGAAUAACAUCAAUCGCUUCACGUUCGAUGCCCAUGUCCUGAAGCAGGAUAUGGCAGAUUCAUAUGAACCCCCCUUCAAGAGUUGUGUGGAACAAGGGAAAGUCAGCAGUAUAAUGUGUGCGUACAACCUUGUUAAUGGGAUACCAAAUUGUGCCAACUUUGAUCUUUUGACCACGACUGCCCGUGGAAAAUGGGGUUUGCAAGGGUACAUUGUAUCAGAUUGUGAUGCAGUUUCUAUUAUGUAUAAACAACAAGGUUAUGCUAAAGAACCGGAAGAUGCAGUAGCUGCUACCCUCAAAGCUGGCAUGGAUGUGAAUUGUGGUGCCCACUUGCAGAAAUACACAAAAUCAGCUCUAGAGAAGCAGAAAGUACAAGAAUCUGACAUAGACAGAGCUCUUCACAAUGCCUUCUCCAUUAGAAUGAGGCUAGGAUUAUUCAAUGGUGACCCAAGAAAAUUGGAAUACGGAGACAUUUCUACAACAGAGGUUUGUAGUCAAGAACACCAGGAACUAGCCCUUGAAGCAGCAAGAAAUGGCAUUGUCCUUCUUAAAAAUUCUGACAGGAUCCUUCCACUUUCAAAGAUCAAAACAACAUCCCUUGCUGUAAUAGGUCCCAACGCAAAUGAUACCGAAGUACUUCUAGGUAACUAUGAAGGCUAUCCUUGCAAGAACGUUACGUUACUCCAAGGACUUCACGGGUAUGUUGAAAACACAAUGUACCAUCCAGGCUGCAAUUUCGUCAACUGUACUUCUGCUGCAAUAGAUGAAGCGGUUGAUAUAGCGAAAAAAGCAGACUAUGUUGUUCUAGUAAUGGGAUUAGACCAGAGUCUUGAAAGGGAGGAGCUUGAUCGGUCAGAAUUGGGGCUACCUGGUAUGCAAGAGAGUCUCAUUACAGCAAUCGCGCAAGCUGCCUCAAAACCUGUUAUACUGGUUUUGAUGUGUGGAGGUCCAGUGGAUGUAUCUUUUGCUAAGGACAACCAAAAUAUAGGAGGCAUUUUGUGGGUUGGUUACCCUGGUGAGAGUGGAGCUGCUGCAUUAGCAGAGAUUAUUUUCGGUGAACACAAUCCAGGGGGAAGAUUACCAGUCACUUGGUAUCCUAAGGAGUUCAACAAAAUACCGAUGACUGACAUGAGGAUGCGGCCUGUAUCAUCUGCUGGAUAUCCAGGGCGCACAUACAGAUUCUACAACGGGCCAAAAGUUUACGAGUUUGGCUAUGGUCUCAGCUACACCAGUUACUCUUAUGGGUUUUCCUCUGUCAACCAAGACAAAGUGCAUUUCAUGAACCUGAAGGCCAACAAGGAAACCGAAACCGAUUUUGUUCCGAGCGUUGCUGUUUCAGACAUUGGAUCAGAAUUAUGCAACAAUGCGAUUAUCACAGUUAAAGUUGAGGUAAAAAACCAGGGAGAAAUGGCUGGUAAGCACCCAGUGCUGUUGUUUCUAAAGCAUUCCAGCACAAUGGAUGAGGUUCCAAGAAAGACAUUGAUAGGAUUCAAGAGUGUGAAUUUGGAAGCAGGGGAAAAUACCCAUAUUGCAUUUGAUGUAAAACCUUGUGAGCACUUUACUAGGGCCAAUAGAAAUGGUUCAUUAGUAAUUGAUGAAGGGAAAUAUUUCCUUCUUGUUGGAGAUGAGGAGUAUCCUGUUACUGUAUUUGUAUGAUCUCCCUGAUCUAAGUUGUCAAAUAGCUUUUUCUUUGACUACGAUUUUCUCCAACUCUU